AUGUUAUCGUCACUCCAAGCCACACCCGUCACUCCACACCCGUCACUCUACACCCGUCACUCCACACACGUCACUCCACACCCGUCACUCCACGCCCGUCACUCUACACCCGUCACUCCACACCCGUCACUCCACAACCGUGAUUUCACACCCGUCACUCCACACCCGUCACUCAACACCCGUCACUCCACACCCGUCACUCCACACCCGUCACUCCACACCCGUCAUUUCACAACCGUCACUCCACACCCGUCACUCCACACCCGUCACUCCACACCCGUCACUCCACACCCGUCACUCCACACCCGUCAUUUCACAACCGUCACUCCACACCCGUCACUCCACACCCGUCACUCCACACCCGCCACUCCACGUAACCAACCGCCGCUCGUUACACAGCGUGGCGGUGAUGCAAGAGCGGCGGCUAUGGUCCCGGCGCGGUACCCUUAUGUUGCUUCACUUACUGCUCUUCACCAGCUUCGCCUUCAACUCAUCACUAUAGCUUCACCUAACGCUCUUCACCAGCUUCACUUAAUUACUGCUCUUCACCAGCUUCACCUUCAACUCAUCACCAGCUUCACCUACCGCUCUUCACAAGCUUCACCUACCGCUCUUCACCAACUCCGUCUACCGCUCAUCACCAGUUUUACCUGCCGCUCUUCACCAGUUUACCUGCCGCUCUUCACCAGUUUACCUGCCGCUCUUCACCAGCUUCGCCUACUGCUCUUCACCAGCUUCACCUACCGCUCUUCAAAAGAUUCACUUGCUGCUCAUAACCAGCUUCACUUAGCGCUCUUCAAAAGAUUCACUUUAAAAAUGUUGGCAGUCCCGACGUCCCGUUCUUCCCAUGAAGCCGCUCUUCGUCCACUCUGA